CCCUCAGUUGCGCAAUGAGCCAACAUGGUGGCGCAGAUAUCAACGCUUUUGAUUCUGGCAAUCUGAUAACCAUUGUCUGCGAACGAACCAUGAUGCCGACUCGCAUCAGGGAUCUCCCCGCACACCAAGCCGUCUUCGGAUCGCCUUUCUCAACCUCAAGGCUAGAGCCAUGCAGCAUUUGCGAUGCAUCCCACCGUAAGUACGCAUAGU